AUGUCAGUCCACAUAUUGCGAGAGCCCACCAUUGCAGAGCGGCACCAGCAAUGGAUGGCCGAAUAUGUUCGGACCUACGAGGACCCACAGGAGAAUGCAAAAUGCCAGGCGAUUUUCGCCGAGAACUUGCAUUCAUUGAGGAUUUCAAAAGACCUGACCAAUGAGGAGUUUAUCCGAAGCCAUACGAAAUACCUGGCAUUUAAGGGGAUCCUGCUGGGCAUUCUCAGUCGUAGCAGCAGUAGAAGGAAUCGUGGGGAUCACAAGUGGCAACUAUCGGUGCUCUUUGAGCAACAACUGAUAGAUUGUGAUGCCACAAGCUACAGCUAUAGAGGCGGUUACCCAGACAAUGCUUUCAACUCGCAACUAGACCACGUCGUUGUCGUCGUUGGGUACGGGAAGAGCGAGGAUGGAAUCGAUUUCUGGAAGAUCAGGAACUCUUUGGGCGAGGCAUGGGGUGAAGGCGGUUACAUGAGGGUUCAGAGGCGGUGGUAG